UCUUCCGUUUCUUUUAUAUGAAGUUGAAUGGCGAUGGUGAUGCUGCACUAACUAUAUAGCCUGCCUCGCUGCUGCAUCUGCUGCUUGUCACUUCUAAAUUAUUCGACUCUUCGUCGCUCUCGCUCUCGCUCUCGCUCUCUUUCAGGUUCAUUGUAGAUAUCUAAAAGACGUGUAGGCAAAAACAGAAGGUCAGAGUCGCAGUCAUCGUCGGAGUCAGAGCAGUUGAUAAUCUCUACCGAUAAUCUGUGGACAGAGUCAUGGAAUUCAUCAAAUCCAGGAGCAUCAUCGUGUUUGUCGCACUGGUCCUGCUAUGCUUCUGCGCAUCUUCAGCAAACGCGCAGAGGUCCCCGCCGGCGCCAGUCUCUCCGACGCCGGCGCCAGCGCCGGCACCGGAGCGAGAGCACGUGAACAUCACCUAUUUGCUAUCAUACGCCGGCCCGUUCCACACCUUCCUCGGGUACCUCCAGUCCACUAAAGUCCUCGAAACUUUCCAAAAUCAAGCCGACAACACAGAGGAAGGGCUCACUCUGUUCGUCCCCAAGGACGAAGCCUUCAAAGCUCUGAAGAAGCCUUAUCCGUCCCUCUCCAAUCUGACUCAGGAUCAGCUCAAAUCCUUCUGCCUUUUCCAUGCCCUCCCCCAUUACUACCCUCUCUCCUACUUCGGAAAACUCAGCCAGAACAACCCUAUCCAAUCCUUCGCCGGAAACGCUUACAGCCUCAACAUGACGGAGAAUUUCGGCACAAUCCACGUCGACUCCGGUUGGACCAAAGCCAGAGUCAUCAGUGCAGUACACGCGGCGGAUCCCGUCGCAAUUUACGAGACCGACAAAGUUCUUCUGCCGGAAGCGAUCUUCGGCACCGACAUUCCGCCGCCGCCGCCUCCCGCCCCCGCGCCGGCGCCGGAAAUUGCCCCCACCGGAGUUGCAGACGGACCGGCUGAUCAGAAAGGUAAAGGAGCCACCUCUUCCCCGGCGGCAUCUUCUUCUCACAGAACUUCCAUCAUCAGCUCUACUGCCGCCGCCGCGGCGGCGGCGAUUGCGAUCAUGUUUGCCAUUGCAACGGUGUAACAGAUCUCCAUCUACUGCGUUAAUUUAAUCAUUUGCCAUUUUCCUUGAUUCAAUUUCUUGUCAUUAUAGAGGUCCUUGAUUCUUUUGUUGGCCCGGAGAUUUUUCUUCAUUUCUUCUAUCCCUUGUUCGUCAGUCGCCAUGUACGACAGACAAACGACGACGGCAACGACGACAAUGAUUAUAAUGAUGAUGAAGCUCCUGUGUUGUAAUAACUCAUGAAUAUGCAUUUCUUGCCGGUGGAGUUUUUGCUGUAUUUUUAUUUC